AUGAGCACUCAACACCGCAUUCCGGACCGUAUCGAGGGUAUACAGCUCCCAACGGCCCCCGUACACCAGCCCACGGUGUACCCUAACGACCUUACGUCCCACAAGAUGACCUCUUACCUCCUUACCAACUCUUUGUCUUCCCUUUCGAAGACUUUCCACAAGAUCUGUGACCUUGGUAUCAUGCAGCCCCAGCGUUGGAUCAAGCUUAACCCCAAGAUCACUAAGAAUGGCCGUUGUGUGCCCGGAGAGAUCGCCGUAACUCGCACUCAGGCUGCCGAUGCUAUCUGGACGACCGUGUACGGCGACGCCAAGACUAGUGCCGAGUCGUGCGCCCGUUGCAAGGCUGGUAAAGGCAUGUUCGCUGAUUGCGUUGCCUUUACGGGCAGGGGCUGCUCCAGUUGCAACUAUACAUCUGGUGCACACGAGUGUACGCUCAUUGCGCCUCCCGUUACCACUCCUCGUAACACGCCUACCAAGGUCGUGAAGCGCGGUCGUAACCACAAGGGUCGUGGUAAAGUCCGUAUCGGCGCUCUACUUGAGUCUCUGGGCAAUAUCCCCGCUGAACACCUCCGUACGAUGGCGGACGCCCUUGAACAGGUGGCCGAGCAGGCUGAAGAUGACGAAGAGGACUCCGAGUAA